AUGAGCGCUCCAGCACCUCCUGUUGUGCCCGCGCGGCCUUCCAAGAGCCCCAGCAAGGAAGCGCAGCAAGCUGCCGAGGUACCGAGUAUUCCUGCUCGACCUACCAGGAAGAGUGUUGAGCAGCGAAGGCCCUCUAGUAGCGACCGCUUUGCGCAGUCACCUUUGCACGGCGGCUUCCAUCCCAAGGGCCAGCGCCCGACCAGCUCGUCUUCAAGCCACGACCAGUAUGGUACCUUGAAUGAACCCGUUGACCGCCCCGCCAGUGUCUCUUUGCCCUCGCUUGGUGAGGAAGGCCGCGAGUACGGCGCCUUUGACAAGCCAGCCGAGGCCCAGCUUGGUUCUUCCCAUCAGACCCGAACCGUCGGCGAUAACCUCGAGCUGCAUGCCCCCAAGCCUUCUCUUCCUCCCGAUAGCGCCAAGCAGCAAAUCAUGACCGUCACAAGAACUGACUCGGACAAAGCUGCCUCUCUUGGUUUCGGCAAGUCGCCCCAGAGGAACGAUCGCUCGACUUCUCGUGACCCCAUCCGACGUCCCAGCUCAACCCUUUCCACCCACAGUGAUCACGGCAACCACACUGACGAUGAGCAUGGCAUUCCCAAGAUUGGGCAGCGUGUUCCCAUGAACAGUCAUCUUGGCGACGUUCAAGCUCCUUCACCUGCCCCAGAGGAAGGCAAGCGGCACCACAGCCGCAAGCACUCGGCCCGUAACAUGCCUCCCGGCAGCUACGGCUUACACGGCCACGGUGUCGACCCCCAGGACAAGCUGGAAAAGGCUUACUAUGAAAAGCAUCCCGAGCUCGUGGGCAAGCACAAGAAGCAUCAUAUUCAUGACCACCGCCAGAGCGACUAUGCUAUGAGCAAGAACGAUCUCAACCGCAUGGUUCGUGAUACCGCCAGGCGUCGACCCACGUCCAGUCUUUACAACGAAGCUACCUCUACGCCCACCGAAGAUGUUGCCUACCAUGCUAGUGAUGAAUACGCACACCGUAUUUCUAGCCCCCAACAGGCUUCCCAGGCUGAAAAGGGAAGCAGCUAUUUCCCGGGAGAAAGUUCUUCGUCCAAGCCCUCAGAUGAUGAAAAGUCCUCUGUCCUCCAUGCCAUUCAUGUCGACGACUCAAAGCACCCUGAGCACUACUCGUACGGUGCCGAGAACCCUGAGGCUGAGGACUAUCACGCCCCCAUUCUGGCCGAUGACGAGAUUGAUGCUGGUCCCGAUGUGACAGCUCAGCACCCCGCCAUCCGACCUGGAUUUGACCGUUCCCGCUCUUACGAUGCUGAUGAGCCAAAGAAGCCCAGCAUCCGCCAUCCCACCAUGGCUCACGAUGCCGAGGCUGAACGUGGCUUCAGUUCCACCCCCCUCGAAGACCUUGAAGAAUAUGAGCCACUCUUUGACGAAGAAAAAAAGGAAGAGGAAAAGAAGCAGGCGGCUGCUGAGAAGAGAUCAAGCCGCCACUUCCCCAGUAAGGAUAUCUGGGAAGACGCACCAAACAGCGUCCAUUACUCCACCGAGGUUUCAACACCCGACGUUGAAGAACAAAAUCUGCGCCCCAAGUCCAAAUCUUCAUUUUCCGAAAACAGGUCCAUCACACCGGCGCAGGCUUUCGCGCAGUACCAGGAGGAGCUGGCUGAGAAGGAGGCUCGCGGCCGUGCCAACAACUUUUUGCCACUGUCUGCCGACACGAAACCAACAUGGAUUGAUCGUCAAUCGCAUCUCGGUGUGUCCAGGCCUUCCAGCAGCUCACGACGCUUUCCAAGCAAAGACGUUUGGGAGGAUGCUCCUGAGAGCCACAUUCAGGAAACCACUUUGUCUGAAUCGCCCGCGGAUGCCGAAACUAAGCCCGAUGUCGAGUCGGAUGAGAAGCAAGCCUCUACACGACGCGCCCAGAAAGUCACUGAGGAGUCGCGAGCCGUGCCUGCUAUCCCAAGCCGACCCAAGCCUAAGCAAGCUUCUGACGACGAUGUAGCCAAGCAGCCGCCUGCGAUUUCAGACAAACCCAAGCCUCAAAUCCCUUCUCGUCCCGCCAAGAAGCUCUCGGGCGACUCAAAGGAUGGAGAGGCUGUCAAGCCGCCGAAGCCGCCCGUGCCUAGCCGCCCGGUCGGUGGAAAGAUUGCAGCUUUGCAGGCAGGGUUCAUGAGUGAUCUGAAUAAGCGUCUCCAACUCGGACCCCAGACCCCAAAGAAGGAUGAGCCGGCACAAGAAGAAGAGGAAGUAGAAAAGGAAAAGGCCCCGCUGUCUGAUGCCCGAAAAAGUCGCGCGCGGGGUCCCCAACGCAGAGCUCCCGCGAAGGCGGCAUCGCCUGUAAAGGAGCCAUCUGCUUCUGUUUUGUCCAUUUGUCAGCCACAAACUCUUUGGAGCAUCGAUCCGGAGGAAGGAGUCGUCGUUACUGAGGAACCGCACGAGACAGACGAGGCCCCCAAGGCACUCAGCAAAACCACCAGCCAAGAGUCUCCCGAGGACUUGUCCAAGACGAUCAGCCACGAGUCUUCCAAGGAAAUUAGUAGCCCGCUCACAAAGGAAACUAGUAAGGGCUCCGAGCCUACUUUGGUCAAAUGGCCCAGCCCCGAUACGACUGGGCCCGAAGCUGGUCCCGUUGGUGGUGAGCUUGAUAUUACCGCCCAGACCAACCCCGCGGAGCCUACGCCGGCGGCCUUGGCUGAUCCUGCAGCUGAUGUGCAUACGCCUGCGACGAAGCCGGCCAUCCAGGCGGUCGACGAGACGAGCAAGGAUAUUGCAACUGCCCAGCUAGCCACUCCUGAGGUUGAGCAGAAGCCUGCUCCGAAACUUCAUGAUCAAGAUGUCGCGCAUGAGUCGGCUGAGACGGAGAAGGAUAUUGGUGACGUGCCUCUUGCACAGGCUAAAAGUGAAGAGAUUGCUUAG